AUGGGCCGGAUAGUGGAACUACAGGCGGCUGUGGACCGGUUCCUGGUGGCGGCACGCGAGGUCGAGCCGCUGGCGCCAAGAACGUCUCGGUUGCGGGGAACGUCAUCGUUGGUAGUCAGCCAGGAUGAGAGAGCACAGGUGCCUGGAGAGACUCUCAUCAAAGCAGUGGAAAAGGUGCUGGUGGCACCAGAGGGCGGUCCCGGCCUCAAGGCCCUGCUGGCGGCUUGCAUCUCCACGCUGCGGUCGGUCAUCUGGGUCCUGCCAUCGCUGAGGGCCCACGUCGCGUGGGAGAUGAUGUCGCGAAAGAAGUCUGCCGAGCUGCUCCUUGCCCAGCAUGCAGAGGUGGCCGAUGCACCACGGGCUCUCAAGUCGCAGCUCUCGGCUAUCCGAAGCUCCAAGGGACAGCUGAGGAAGCAGCUGGUGGGACUGGAGGAGCGGAUCAUGACCCUGUCCCAGCAACUGGAACAAGCCCGCGAGGCCGAGCACCUGGCCCAAGAGGACGCGGCGCUGCAGGCACGGGUGGCGUCGUUUGAGCGGAACCAGCUGGACGAGGCGCAUGACAAGUUGGAUGCCGCAAAGCUCAAGAACUCGUGGCUUAUUCAUCAGACCAUCGUGCUCAACGCGCAGGUCGAGGCCGACUCGGCGACCCGGCUGCGCGAGGAAAACGCACUGGAGCAAGAAACGGCACGGUUGAACACGCUCCGCGAGCGGAUUGCAUCCAUCCAAAGAGAAAUCAAUGACAUCGACGAGUUGAUCUUCUCCAAAGAAGAAGAGGCAUCGCGGCUGCGGAAACACAUGCGGACGAUGCGGGCCAAGGCCGUGGAGACCAAGUUCCUCAACCGGUCCGCAUCGCAACGGGUGGCGGUCCAGUGGAAGGACUCUAUUUCCAAGGUCCAGGCCCUGCGCUCACACAUGACUGCCAAAGGCUUUGGCGACCUGGUCUCACACGAGGCUUACAAAGAGGUGCGCCGAAUGGUCGACGAUCUGGCGUCAGGCAAGGUGACAGCGGCGAGCCUCCACGAGGAGGCCAAAGCCGAGCUUCGCGUCUCAGACUCGCUGGGCGAGAUGGAUGACGCUUCGAACUCGCUUCCGGGUCCGCCGGAGCAGAGCCAGUCGCUCGAGCUGCAGAGCUUGCCGGUUGGAACCGGAAACGGCUCUGGGACGCUUUCUUCCGACUCGGACGACUUUGUAGAUCUUGUGCUCGGCAAGCUCUCCGCCACGAUGCCCAGUCUGGACCCAUCACUGCAGUCAGACGAGCCGCCCAGCUCGCCCAGGUCGCUGUCGCGGUCUACAAGCCGGUCAAGACUAUCCGAGUCUCGGUCGCCUCCGCCUGUGGACGAGCGCGGCGAGACCAAGAUGUACUCAGCGUCGUUGGCGACCAUGCGGCCAGCCUCUGGGCCGAUCCUCACCAUGCCAACCAUUCGUCGAAUCGGUCUGGACCGACGCAAUUCUAUGAGCAUCAUGACCAAGUCGCCGUCGUCGUCGUCGCUUUUUCCCAUCGGCUCCGAGUCGCCCCCGCACUACUCACCGUCUAGCUCGCCGACCGAGCAGUCGGUCGGCUCUGCCUCGCCCGAACUGACACUCACACUUGAUUUCCAAACUGAUCUUGAGCUUGAAGUGGAUACACGCAAAUCGUCGCCACGAUCACCACUCUCGCCCCUCACGCCCUUUACGCCGCUGGUGGCAGCGCAGUCGCCGGUCUCGCCGCGGACACCGAUGUUCAUGCGGCCGUCGUCGUCGCCACGGCGCUCGUCUGUGACCGUCCAGCUGCGAUCGCUGGACUGGCUGCUUGGCACCAUUGACGAGAUCUACCUCUUGCGCGAGGCGUCGGCUGAGCGGGCCAAGUGGUCGCUAUCGCGGGCAAUCCGCACGUGGGCCCGCAGCCAGGCAGCGUCACGGCGUGGAGCGCACGAGUCCGAAGCCUCGCUGUGGUACAACGUGGGCGAGCGGCGGUCGGAGCAUCCAGAGAUCUCGCUGUUUGAGAAGCUGGGGCGGAAGCGGUCCGAAGUGCUGUCGGUUGACGCCAUCACCUGCUUUCUUGCUGUAAGGCGGGCGUUGGUGGGACCCGAGUUCUCGAGCAAGGAUCGCGAGCACUUUGAUCUUGCUUCGGCUUCGUACGUCCACGUCAAGCACAAGCAGCCGUCGGCGCCCAUUGAGGCCGUGACCGAGGCCGUGGUCACCGUCGCCGGCGAGCAUGGCAUGGAUCUGGAGGAAAGUCAGCUUGAUAUCAAGCUCUCGCUUGCAGCCGACGUCAUCCAGGGCCACCAGCAAUCGAUUCGUGUCCACAAGGCGCUAACCAUUUUUGUCGACCAAGUCAUUCUUGCCAAGUAA